CCAUCUGCUUCAUGAACAUGAGCCGGCUGCUUUCUCUGCCUCUCCGAGCGUCUUUGAGCUGUUUUGACAUAUGCGCUCCCUCACUGCUUCUCUGCCUCUUUCUUUUUUCUGUCUUUCCACCAAUCCCAUACCUCUCCAUCGUUUCCCCCUCCAGGACAGGAAAAGGAGCGGUAGCAGGGAGCACCAGCGAGGAAAACUGACCACAAUAACAGGAAGAGGAAGUGGGCAGUGACCUGUAUGAGGACUGUGGUCUGACAGCUGUGGUUCAACACUUUUGGCCACUGGAUGAGAAAACCACAUCAGAGGCGACAGGACGAAAAAGAGCGAGAGAGACUCAAAACUUGUCGGACUCCUGAGGAAAAACCUUGAUACCCCAAGAAGGGAAAACAGGGUGAUAAAGACAUUUUGGGAUGAAAUAAACUUUAGAGCUGGAGCAACUGCCUUGGUUUUUCCUGUUUGAGGAAAAAAACCAACAGAGGAAGAGACACCUGAAAUUUCCACGAGAGUGAUAUCUCAGUGAAUACCUUCAUUUCUUGCACUGGAAAUCCAACUCUGGGAUACAUUUUCAUUCAAGAGGCAUCGACCCAUACUUCAUCAUCACAGACUUAUCCUAUUAUCUGGUCCACAGACCAGAAAAGGAUUUGCACAGAAGCCUGGUAAAAAAUCAAGCCGAGAGAUAUCCCUGCCUGUACAACAACACCUGCUGCUCUUUCAACAUUAGUAAACCAGCAGCCAAAAAGAAGAGAGUGUGACAGCGAGGAAGAGACUUAGUUGAAUCAGGAGGUGGUUUUGAGCCUACAGCCACCUACCAGCCACUAAUUUCUACCAAAACCUGACACAUAUUAAAAAAGUAACCCCAUUGCGGAUGAACAAGAGUGCACCUUGAAGAAUUUGGGCUUCCUUUUGCAUCAAAACAAAGGUUGGAUCUUUCUUGUCUUGGACUUCCUAUCUGUGUGAUGAUGGCUUGGCUCCAACUGUGGUCCAUGGGGCUAAUGGCCACGAUGGCUUUGUCCGUCUCUCUUGCUGGCACGGAAGAUUCUGGCCUUGCUGUGGUAGAAGAAGAGAAGCAAGGCCCUGUUGAGAUUGUGAAGAAGGAGUCUCAUCCUGUCCUAUUCAGGCAGAAGAGGGAAUGGAUUUGGAACUCUCUUUAUGUGGAGGAGGAGAAACCUGCACCCAUCGCCUACAAGAUAGGACAGCUCAAAUCGAGCCAGACAGUGGAGGCAAAGAGCUUUAAAAUAGAAGGUGAAGGAGCAAACGACAUCUUCACUGUGGAUCAUAAAGGUGACCUGUUUGUCACCAGAUCUCUGGACAGAGAGGAGAAGAACACCUACCAUUUAACUGCCAGGAUGUAUGAUGGGAACAACAAGUUGAUAGAGGACUCUGGAGAAUUUGUUGUCCAGGUGACGGAUAUCAAUGACAACAGCCCCGUUUUCCCCAUAACAUAUAAUGGAUCCAUUAGGGAGAGAUCCUCAAUAGGAACUAAAGUAGUUGAGGUGAGGGCAACUGAUGCUGAUGACCCCACCACUGCUAACGGAGAGCUCAGGUACUCUUUGAUCCAAGACCUAUCUGCCUUCGAAAUCCACAGCAUCACAGGUAUGAUCAGCUGCAAGAUCAACACUCUGGACCGGGAAACCAAGAGUCAGUAUGUGGUGGUGGUUAAAGCUCAGGACAUGAGAGGAAUGGCCUCUGGCAGCACAGCCACCACCUCUGUCACCGUCACCAUCACCGACAUCAACGACAACAUUGCUUCUUUCACCAGAGGGAUAUAUGAGCUGCAGGUUCCAGAGGACCACAAGUUGAAUGAGAAGAUAGGAACAUUGGAGUUGGAGGACAAAGAUCAGAUUCAGAACAAACUUCCCUUCUUCACCAUUCCCAGUGAGAACAGCAAAGUGUUUAAUAUUGAACUCAGCCCUAACAAGGAUGGCAACCUCAUGCUCAAACAGGCUCUGGACUACGAGACAAAGCACAGCUACACGUUCACUGUCCAGGUGGGAGAAAAAGAUCUGCAUUUUCCUGCCGACAACGCGAAAAGUGCGGUCACCACAGCCAGGGUAAACAUCAAGGUGUUGGAUGUUGACGAGCCGCCAGUCUUCUCCCAGAACAUCUACACUUUCACUGUGGUGGAAGAACGUAUUGUGAACUUCAUAGGAACAGUCACAGCCAGAGAUCCUGACAAAGCCAACAACGUCAUACGGUACUCCAUCUUAGACAAGGACUGUCCCAUCAGUGUCAACCCGUUAACAGGUCAGCUGUCCACCCUGAGGGUCCUGGACAGAGAGUUAGAGGCCACACACAUGUUUCAAAUUAAGGCACAGGAGGAGCCAAGUGGUUUGGAAUCAUUUGUGAAAGUUAACAUUAUAGUUGAGGACAUCAAUGACAAUAAGCCUGAAUUGUCUGUGGAUGAGAUCUUUGUAUGUGAGAACGACAUCACUGAUACGGUGAUAGGAACCUUGAGAGCCAUGGAUAAAGACGACCACCCGGCUUCAUUCCGUUUCAGCCUGGCCAAUGAGAGCUCCAACUUCACCAUCAGAGACUAUGGCAACGGCACAGCAGACGUCAUGGUGAAACACGGGCCAUUCAGCCUGGAUGACCCCAAGGAUUACAGUGUGGAUGUGCGCAUCAGUGACGGAGGACGACCCAUCCAGACCAGCAUCACCAAACUGGCAAUCAAGUCGUGUCGGUGUGACGCCAGAAGGGUUUAUACGCAUUGCAAAGCUGGCGCUCGGAGGAUGGGAGUGAGUGUUCAUGCCCUAGUAGCCAUUCUGCUCUGCAUACUGACCAUACUGGUCAUAGUGAUCCUGUUUGUGAUGAGGAAACGCUACCAGAAGGAUUCUCUGGCCAGCAUGAAGAACAGCGGAGAGAUUCACGAGCAGCUGGUCACAUACGAUGAGGAGGGAGGAGGAGAGAUGGACACUAAUGGCUAUGAUGUCUCAAUCCUCUCUUCUGCUUGCCACGAUGGCUCCCUACUCCGUCACCCGGACCACCACCCCCACCCCUCUCUGUAUGCCAUGGUCCAGAAACCCCCUCACCACUCUCAACCCACUGCAUGUAAGGGUGACAUGGCCGUGAUGAUCGAGGUGAAGAAAGACGAGGCGGAUCACGACAGAGAUGGCUUCCCGUACGACACUCUCCACAUCUAUGGCUACGAGGGACCAGAGUCUUUAGCGGGAAGUCUGAGCUCUCUGGACAGUUCGUCCACUGAUUCGAACUUGGAUUAUGACUUCCUGAACGACUGGGGGCCGAGGUUCAAGACCCUGGCCGAGCUGUACGGUGUGGAUGGACCUGACUAUUACCAUCAAUACUGAUGGAGACCGUCUGCUAAUAAGCAUAAAUGAUGCCAAAAUACACACACACACAAACAUCAGAAACAGCCAUAAAAUACACUCACACAAAACCAAAAGCAUGCAGUAAAUACACACACACACACACACACACACACACAUACAGAAACAGGCUUUGAUGCUGUCCAUUUUACAAGGAGACAAGGAGAUCCGAUCUAGCAGACCACCGUGUUCUCCAACGACUUCUCUAGCUUCUGAAAACAGAAUCAGGGAGCUCUUAUGUCCAGUGUAACAACUAACUUUUGUUAUUAAUUGUAAUUCAGUGAGUCCGUUAGUAUGUCGAGCCUCCCCAGUCUGUUCACCACCAUUAAUUAAAUAGUAAAUAAGAGCUUCAUCAAACUCCAGGAAGUUGAAGUUGAGGAGUUUUUGGAGGUUCAUUUUUUGAUGACAUGGUUCCCUUUUGCCUCCUCCAAUGAGAUGCUGGAAAGAUUUCUUAAGUAACACCAUGACGUGAUGCCAUAGGAUGAGGAGAGGACUAAAGUGUUUCAUAGAUGUUCAAGAGGAUUGAUUGUUGGUGACAGUGAGUGUAUCACAUACAUCAAUGGAUAACUGAUGGGUUAAUCAGUUCACUGCUGGCCAGCGAUGUUAAACAGUUAUUCAAAUGCUUUGUGUCCUUUUACAGUCAUUUCAUGUCUCAGCUCCUUUAUGCAGCACCUUUUUGCAUCCCCGUUUUUGUAACUGUGUUACAGGUAACAGUUUGUAUCCGGUCUCCUCUAAAAUGAGUCAUUUCUGUGCACCUUUAUUCAUCUACAUAUUCACCUACCACUAAUGCCUAUUUCUUAAUAUAUUAAUAAACUAAAUUGGGACAACUGAACAGGGCACAAAGCCUAUAUUUACCACAGAAACAAUAUUUCAACAGUAUGCAUUAUUUGUCUUAUAUUAAAAGACAUCAACUCAUCAUCUGGAUAUGAGCUCAUUUAAGUAUAUUGACUAAUAUUAGAAUUUUGCUUAAAUGGUUUAAAAUGUGUUUAUUUCUGUCCUACUGGUGAUGCAAAAUGGUGCAUGUCAGAGCAAGUCAUUGUUGAUCUGAGAUUUUUACCAUAUUGUCUUCUUCCGUCUGUUACUGAGGGCCUGUUAUCUCUGCUAACUUUGAUGUGUUUUUUUAUAUUUGACAAAAGGGCCACACACACGAUUAUUUUUGAUCUGAAGAUGAUGAUUUGAUUUGUAAAUAUGAUUGCUUGAGGGGCUUAUUGUUUGAGGUGAAAAACUUUGAGCAGCCACAAGAGUUUUAACUCAAAGAGGUUUGAAUUGUUUGAUCACAGCGAGAUGCCAGUUUUGUGAGCUUUAUCUGAAAUACUAAAAAGGAAUGCCUUUAAGGAAGGUUCAACACUGGAAAACUCAGAGCAUUGAUCAGUCUGUAAUGUCCAGUGGGUUAUUUUGUUUCAUUGCAUAUAGUUACAGAUUUACUUAAUUUCCCAUCUUGACACAUCAUCAGGUGUUUGUUAACAGGGUCAAGAAAAUGGUCAGAUAAGGUGCAUCAAAAGUUCCUGAUAUUUAGCACUGUUCUUCUGUUCUUUCCCCUCUUUGUGUAUUCUGAAACAUCUGAACUGAAUGAGUCAUUUUCAAAGUGAGUAAUUUUGUCUGAGGAGAUAAAAGACAAUAGACAAGACAGGCAGAAAGAAAAGGAAAUGGCACUACUGCUGCUCAGACAGAAUUAUAGUGUGUUUCCAGGGUUUAUUUGACAGAACAUAUCAUCAUGGUUAUUGUUGAGAUGAAAGCCCAAUUCUCUGAGGCCCACUAGGACAAAAGUCAUUCAGAGAACUCAGGAAACCCAGAGUGGCAAAAGCAGCUAGUUGGGCAGUUGUGAUGGCUCUGAGGUGGCUUGAAUAACUUUAACCUCUCAUCCUUUUUGGCUACUGUUGUUCGUUGUCCAAAAAUGUGAUGCUCUUUAGAUGAAUUUUAGGAUAUUUAUUAAAAAAGGCACUCUACUGAUUAUUCAUAAAUAAACUACUUCUUAAAUGAAGUCUGUGCCAUCUUACAAUGAGGAAAAGUUAGAAAGGCUUAUUGAUUUGUCAGUCAUUACUUUAUUAAUAUGAAAAGUCUACUUUUAGUCAUAUAGGCUACAGUUUGUCCAACUGUUGAUUUAGUUUCCAUCUUAAAGAGUGUAUUAUCCCUAAAUAUGGAUACAUGACGCUUGUAUUUUAGCAUGUGGUCACAUUAUAAACAGGAUAGUCCACACAGAACCAUACAGUAAAAGUGCACUCCUUGGAGCCGUACUAUGACUUUUUAUGUAUUCAGGCUGCAACUAAUGAUUGUUGUUAUUGUAUAUCGAUCUGCAUAGAGCCCAAGUUGCUGCUUGUUUUGUGUGACAAAUGCAAAACCCAAAGAUAUUCAAUUUACAGUGAUAUAAAAUAGCAGAGAAACUCAUAAACAUUUAGUUUCAGAGGUCAAAUUAGUUGCCACAUGGAUAAUUUUCGUAAUUAAUUUGUCAGGUCAUUGGCGCCUAUUUGUUGUAAGUGAAAGAUCCCUUUGGUCGCUGUACUGUAUAUCCUCUCAUAAUGUUGAGGAUAUGCUGUCUACUCGCUCUUUAGUAGCUCUUUAAGUAAUCAGGAACAAGUGCUGCCACGAACUGUUUGGCUGGCCAAAACUAUUUAUCAGUGACUCAGUACCAUUUAAACAAUAACCACAGACAUUUAGGCUUAUUGUAUAAAUUAAGACUCUGAAGUUAAAUCAUGGCCUUUCCAGUUAGAGAGCCAUAGGGCACAAAGGUAAAAUGUCCCUCACUGUCAUUAGUAAGAACUUAUGAAUCAGUUUGCUUUAUUGUAAAAUGGUGCCCAUCCCCAUUAAAAUAGUCUAGUUGACUAUGCAAUAUUUAAAUACAAUGCUGUGCCAUGUUCCCCUCUGCUGAAGACACAGCCAUGUGUCUUCAGGACUUUUCUUUUAGUUUUUUAAAUUACAUUUUUUCUUUCCAGUUUAGAGAAUAUAGUUUAUUUAUUCUCCUGUUUAUUUUGUUUUGCUUGGACCUGAACUUGUUUAUUAAAACUCUGGCCUGUGUGGAAUGCCAUUUGAUAAACGAUGGAUACAAUAGCUGGAAGCCCUAAGAAUGCUUUCCUGUUAGGGUCAUAAUACUUAGAGUAGCCAGCUCUUCCACCUCACUCUCAGUCUUUCACUCGUUCUCCUGCUCUCCUUGUUUACUGCGUCAUAUCUCUCCGCUCUCUCUCCGUCCUCUAAUCAGCUAAACCAAACAGUGGAGUCAACUUCCUGUCCAUCUGGGGCGUUGCGCCCGCCCCUUCCUGUCUGCGUUAUCUCCUGUGAGCCAACACAUUGUGCUCACUUCCCGUUAGCCCGGCCUGGGAAACAGCUUUGGAGAGGAAAAGGGAGCAAGGCAAGGAGAAACAUAGGAUGAGGGGGUUAACAAGAAAGUAAGAUGGAGAGAACAAUGUAGAGCAGAGAUGACUUUUCCAGCUGAGCAAAAACACUUCAGAGCAAAGAUGUGUGUGAUGAAACGCUGAGACACAUGAAAGCGGAGUUAACAUCCUGUUACCCUCGUAUCUUUAUGAAACAAAGCUGAACACAGCAUUCAGAAAUCAAUAAAGAUUACUCACAGGUGAAUCUUUGAUUCACGAUAGGCAACUCCUAACUUUAGUGGCUCCAAGUGGCAGAAAAAGAAAAUGUUUAUUAAAAUAAUUGGAAGGACCUUUAGCCUCUGUUUAUGCCUCUUAUGUUAUCAUUUUUACAUUUCUAAAAAGCGUGCACUGAUGUUUACAUUUGGAUCACAAGUAGACCAUUUUUCUUGUCAAAAACAAAUGAAAAGACAAUGUUUAAAAAUCUUGGUGAGGCUUGUGACAGCUCCUAUUACUGCUGAAGACAUUUGCAAAAUCCAAUCCAAAAUAAAGAGGUUUUUUUUUUACCGGUUUUAUAAUGUCUAACAUUAAUUGAACAAACAGUGGCUUACUUUUCUGGCUGCCAUCUUAGUUUGAAAGGAAGAAUGGAGACUCACCUUGUGAAUCAAGUUAAAAUUCUACUUCACUGUACACUGGAGGGAAAAUGUUUUUUUGUCCUGUCAUGUCAGACCUGUUGCUUUCAAGGAAACAGUACUGAUUUGUUUUUCUACUUAUAUUGUGUUAUCACCGUUAUCAUUGAUUAUAGCUUUUUUUUUUUUAAAUGGGUAGGCCUACAUGAACAAAAACUUUGUUGUUGAAAUCAGCAGCAUGUAGCAUACGGAGGUGCUCCGUUAUCUACUUUCAUAACAGCAAUAAGUGUUGUGUUUGCUGCGGGAAAAUCUGUGACAUUUGGAGAGGUAGAUGUCUGCCAAUUUUUUUUUCCACUUGUUUGGUUCUGUUCUAAAACUGUAUGUAAAAAAACAUACAUAUAUACAUUUCCACAUCUAAAACAAUAAUUAUAGACCCUCAGUCGUUAAACACCAAAAUAUGAAGCAUGUGUUUAGACAAGUACUAAGGUUGAUGUGAUUCCUUUAAAAGUGUCAUAUUUGUUCGUGUGCUGGCAACAUAAUGACUUGGGCAUGUUGUUUUCGAAUGAAACUGAAAUUUGUUUCUUUCCGCCCACCAUUUAAAACACUCAUUUAGUAAAUGUCAUGUAUGCUGUAAUUACACAAUGACUCAUCAGCUAUUACACAACAUUAACAAAUUCAUUAGGAUUCCUGUAUUCUCAAAUGUAUCUCCAUAAUCCACUAUGUAACAGUGAUGCCAUUUUGUUGAGUUAUCCGGAAGAUAUUUUAUUUUUAUUUGUUGGCCAUCAAUGGUUGUUUGAGAGCAUUUGCCUCCUUUAUCAAAUGGUGAAUUGCUUAGGAUCCAGACAGUGAAAAUAAAUCUCUCAGGUUGGGAUUCAGGCACACACAAAAAAAGUUGUUCAAUCUUAUGUCAAGAAACAAACGCCCCAUACGUAUUAAUAUGCUUGCUUGAAAAACCAGACCUUUAAGUGAUACAACGUCAUCUCAUCUGUUCAUGAUGGAGCAUUCUUUGAGUGAAAUGUAUAUAUUAAAAAAAUGUGCCUACAGUAAUAGUGAUUUUGUUUUCUCUGGCCUCACCUUGUUUAUAUUUUGCCUCAAUUACUGUAUUUAGAAGAUGUUAACCUUGACAUGAUCUCAUUUUUCUAUUGCUGUAAAAAGGAACAAUAAGUUGAUUUUCUUGAAAAUGAAAGAGAGUAGUCUUUGAUGUACGAGUGACUGCCCGACUGAAUAUGUGAUCUUCUGUUUGUGUUCACGUGUGUGCUUGUGAUUGUAUCCUUGUACAUACAAAAAUGGGUGUUAAACCUAUAAAAAAAAUAGCAACCACAUAGAAAACAUUUUCUUCUUGUGUAAAUACAGCAAGGGUUUUCAAGGGAGCAAAAUGUGCCUUUAUUCUUUAAAAAAAAUGUAAUUAAUUUUUUGAUGGCGAACACAAUGUUUUCUAUAUUGUUUUUAUGGUGUAUAGCAACUACUUUUUAUUACCUGACAUUUUUGUAAGUGUAGAAUAAAAAUAAACACUCAAAUAAG